CUGUUUCGUUUCAUUAUCUCAUCUUUGAAGUCUGGAAGAUCUUCAUAUCUAAUGGAUGUUAUUGUGGGUCUGCUUUAUCCUGUAAUUUUUUUGCAGGUACAUGAUCUCCUCAAAUAUAGGUGAGGUUGCCUCAAUAUUUUUAACAGAGGCAUUAGGGGUCCCGGAAGGCCUAAUCCGUGUCCAACCCUUGUGGGUCAACCUUGUCACAGAUGGACAUCCUGCGACAGCCACCAAAUAGGGACAUCAUGAAGAAACCCCCUCGCCGAAGUGAUGACAUGCUCAUCAAUCCUUGGACUUUAUUCCGCUAUCUGGUAAAAAGUUUGGAAAAGACGUACUUCAUUAGAGGCAACUUCAUUAGAUGUAUGAAAAAAAAGGUUUUGCUUUAUAUGGAUUUUAUUUGCAUAUACGUUGAGACUAUUGAGAUCUUGAAUUUUUGCUAAUUUUUCAUUAUGACAUUGCUUUUAUAGGGCUAUUGAAUUAUCUUAUUAAUUUUGGAAAUGUUUUGUUGAUGUUUUAAAAUUUCUUGAUCAUUUCUUAAUACCUCAA